UCCAUCACACGUGUUCGAGCAAAGCCCGUGCCAUUAUCCUUCUUCACCCUCCGGCGUGCUCUCUCUCUCUUCUUCUCAAGCUGUCAGUCUGACGGCCAUGGCGAAGCUUACAGUCGAUUAGUCACCACUUUAGGAGGGCACGAGAAGAGCUGAGAGAGCUCAGAACCGUCGAUUAGCCGCCACGUACUCGCAUCCCAACCGUCCCCUUCAAUUUCAGUCGCACAAGCCCAUUAGCCUUUUCUUCAAGGUGUUUCUUGUUGCUUGUGGUUGCUAUAGGGUUAAGUAGUUUGUGCUUUGGGGAAAUUUACAUGAUUGUAGAUGGGAGAUACUGAGGCUACCGUGAAGUCGAAGAAGACAGUUUUUGUGACUGUUGGAACUACUUCUUUUGAUGCUCUUAUUAGAGCAGUGGAUACUCAGGAGGUUAAAGCAGAGUUGUUAAGGAGAGGGUAUACCCAGCUUCUCGUUCAAAUGGGCCGUGGAUCUUAUAUCCCCACCAAGUCUGAAGGAGGAGAUGAGACCCUUGCUGUAGACUACUUCACUUUUUCAUCAAGCAUUGCAGACCAUCUGAGGGCAGCAUCUCUUGUGAUUAGUCAUGCAGGGUCAGGGAGCAUAUUUGAGACAUUGCGGCAUGGUAAGCCAUUAAUUGUGGUGGUGAAUGAAGAUUUGAUGGACAACCAUCAAAGUGAGUUGGCAGAGGAACUAGCAGACAGGAAGCAUUUGUACUAUGCUCGUACGCGGACACUUCAUCGUGUUAUAGCAGACAUGAAUUUGGAUUCCCUCAUUCCAUACCACCCAGGUGAUGCCACACCUGUCGCCAAGCUUAUCAAUCAGUUUCUUGGUUUUGCAGACGACUGAUGGAAUUUUAAAAUUUUAUGACUAGCAUGAUGUCCAUUUGAAUAAAAGAUUUGCAAUGUGAUAGAUAUUGAUUGAUCAUCAUACACGGUUGAACCAAAUGAAGAUUAAUAGGAUUGGGUUGGCCAGGAUCUCAAAUCCUUUUGAUACCA